AUGGAGGAGGCACUCAGAGCACCUCACCUCUAUCACUUUCGGGCGGUCCUGAAGGCCCUCGCUACAGACGAAGAGGCAGGAUUGCACGAUUCAGACGUCAAGAAGAGGCACACGGAUUACGGCAGCAAUGAGCUUGAGAGCGCGGGAAGUGCAUCACUCACCACCAUCAUCGUUCGACAAGUUGCCAAUGCCAUGACCUUCUGCCUCAUCCUGGCAAUGGCAGUCUCCUUCGGUAUUCAAACAUGGAUCGAGGGGGGCGUCCUGGCAGCGAUUAUCAUCCUCAACGUCUCCAUCGGUACAUGGCAGGAAUACUCUGCCGAGCAGACCAUGGACUCUCUACGCAAUUUGGCGUCUCCCACAGCACGUGUCAUUCGUGGAGGAUCUGCUGCGACCAUUGGCGCAAACGAGGUGACAAUUGGCGACCUCCUUGAGCUCUCCGUCGGCUCAACAGUGCCUGCUGAUGUGAGGCUCAUCGAGACUCGCGACUUCGAGACCGACGAGGCUCUGCUGACUGGCGAGAGUCAGCCAAUCAUGAAGAACGCUGCCCUCAGCUACGGAAAGGAGGGUGGUGAGGAACCUGAGAUCAGUGUGGGAGACCGGCUCAACCUGGCAUACAGCUCUUCCAAUGUCACAAAGGGCCGAGCCCUCGGAGUUGUCGUAGCCAUUGGCAUGACUACCGAAGUGGGCAAGGUAGCCGAGGCUCUCCGAGGAGCUGGAAAGGGUCGCAAGAUCCGAGAGGUGAAGCGCAAUGCGCACGGUAAGGCUGGUCCUCAUCGAUACGCACAAGCCGGCGUCCUGACUUUGUGGGACCACCUGGCACACUUCCUCGGCCUGACCAGGGGAACACCACUACAGCGACAACUCUCUUGGCUUGCUGUUCUCCUCCUCCUCUGCGCCAUUCUCUUCACCAUCAUCGUCUUCCUCGCCAACCUCGGCGCUUCAGUGAGCCCGUGGAGCUCUUCGGAAGUCGCAAUCUACGGUGUCGCGACUGGUGUCUCCAUCAUCCCAGCCUCGCUCACCGCCGUCCUGAUCAUCUGCCUAUCGACUGGAUCACGAGCCAUGGCCAAGCGAAAUGUCAUUGUCCGUAAGCUCGAGUCGCUUGAAGCUCUGGGCUCCAUCACCGACAUCUGCUCCGACAAAACGGGCACUCUGACUCAGGGACGAAUGGUCCUGCGAAGAGCUUGGGUGCCUGGAAGCGGCAACUACGAGGUUGAAGAGACGAGUGAGGCCUUUAAUCCCACCCUGGGCAAGGUCGAGCGCGUGAGCGGCGAGAAGAGGGAGGAAGUCACUACGGAACAGCAAAGCGCCGACAAGAUUUCUUCGGACACAAACUUUGUACCCUUCCUGACCGUUGCUUCUCUUUGUAACCUCGCCACGGUCUACUACGAUGGAGAAAAGAGGGAGUGGACUGCACAUGGUGACCCUACCGAGUGUGCAAUCCAGACCUUUGCAUGCAGAUUUGGCUACUCGCGUCAGGUCCUCGCAAAGAAGGGCGCAGAGUCCCCUCGCUGGACACAGAUCUGCGAGAUGCCUUUUUCAUCUGACCUCAAGAGAAUGGCAGUCGUCUUCAAGAACAACGAAGAGGGUGACGGCAAGACGCAUGGCUUCAUGAAGGGAGCCGUUGAGAAAGUUCUCGACUGCUGCAAAGACAUCACGACUGGCCAAGGUGUCGAGAUGAAGUCCAAGGAGCUCAUCGACGAGAUCCUGCAGAAGAUGGAGGAGAUCGCCUCGCAGGGCCUGCGAGUACUUGCUGUGGCUCGUCGAGACCUCUCAGAUGAGGAAGCUGCUCUUGGCGAAGAGAUUGAGCGAGCUGAUCUGGAGCACAACAUGACUUUCCUUGGUCUUGUCGGUCUGUACGACCCUCCUCGGCCAGAGUCUGCAGGUGCGGUGCAGCUGUGUCGGGAGGCUGGCAUCGCCGUCCACAUGCUCACCGGUGACCACCUUGCCACCGCUUCAGCCAUUGCAAGACAAAUCGGCAUCGUACCCAAGGACGACGGCAUGCUCAGCAAAAAGACUGCAGACUGCCUCGUCAUGAGCGCUUCGACCUUCGACAAGCUGAGCGAGUCGGAGAUUGAUGCUAUGCCUGUUCUACCAGCCGUCAUUGCCCGCUGCACACCGCAGACCAAGGUCUCGAUGAUUCAAGCCAUUCACCGACGAAAUCGUCUCACUGCGAUGACUGGAGAUGGUGUCAACGAUGCACCCGCCCUCAAGAUGGGUGACAUUGGUAUUGCCAUGGGGCAAGCCGGCUCCGACGUGGCAAAGGACGCUUCCGAUUUGACUCUCAGUGACGACAACUUUGCCAGCAUCACAAAUGCCAUCUCGGAGGGUCGACGUCUGGCGGAUAACAUUCAGGCCUUUGUCCUUCACUUGCUCUGCCAGAACAUCUGCCAAGCAUGUGUUCUCCUCAUCGGACUCGUUUUCAAAGAUGAAAGUGGGCUUUCCGUCUUUCCCUUGAGCUCACUCGAGGUCCUGUGGGUCAUCAUCGUCACUUCCUCUGCUCCUGCUAUGGCUCUGGGCAUGCAAAAGGCACGUCUCAAUACUAUGAGCCGACCCCCUGCUGAUCUGAAGCGAGGAAUCUUCACAAACGUCUUCUUCAUCGACCUUGUCGUCUACGGUCUGAUCAUGGCUGCCCUCUGCUUGGGUACCUUCCUAAUCUGCCAGUUCGCCUUUGGCGAUGCCGACUUUGGACUGGACUGCAACGCCGGCUAUAACCCAUCCUGCCAGACUGUCUUCCAGUCUCGAGCCGCCACCUUCUGCGUCAUGGUGAACCUGUCCCUGCUGCUGGCUUGGCAACUCGUCGACGGGGAGGCUUCCUUCUUUAACGGUGUCGAGCAGGGGCACUGGUACUCUCGCUGGUGGUACGGCACCUGGGGCAGAAACAAGCUCCUCUUCCUUAUCAUCACCAUCGGAAUAGUCCUUGAAUUCCCCCUGGUCUUCAUUCCCGGAUUAAGGGACGUCGUCUUCCUGCACACCUACCCGGACUGGCAAUGGGCUGUGGUCGUCGUUGCGACGAUUCUCUUCUUCGCUAUCGCAGAAGGUUACAAGUGGAUCAAGAGGAUCUACUAUCGAAGGAGGGCAAAAAGCACCAAGACGGAUGAGGUCACGCUGCAGCUGGACGAGGCGGCUGGCACUGAGAAGUCGAGUGCUUGA